AUAUUAACCCCCAAAGUUCCCAAGCGACAAUUCUUUCAUUUCCUUUGGGUAAGCUGCUAAGCGAGCCCUAGAAAAGCUGCUUCCUUUCUCUCUAUAUCAAUGGGCGAUCAUUUCUCUUUAUUCUAGGGUUCAACAAAUCAUAUCCAAUCGAAUCUCAGAAGUUCUAGCUAGAUUCAAUUUUUCAGUUCUGACAGAUACAUAUCGUUUUAAUAAUUGUUCUGCCUGCUUGGGUGGAGGCACCUGAAUCGUUAGUGAAAUAGCAGAAUGCCAAAGGAGAGAAGAGAUCGUUCUGUCUCACGUGAUAGGUGCCGAUUUUCUCCAUUUCCUUGCAGCUCUAGUAAUAGAAGGCGAUCGCCUAAGAUUUCUUCUGAUUCUGAAGAAAAUGUUAAAGAAUGGGAAGAAGCCAGAUGCCCUGUUUGCAUGGAGCAUCCUCACAAUGCAGUUCUUCUCAUUUGUUCAUCUCACGAUAAAGGGUGCCGCCCAUACAUGUGUGACACUAGCUACCGCCAUUCAAAUUGUCUAGACCAGUUUCGCAAGUCAUUUGCAACAGAUACCCCAUCAACAGUGUCACAACAAGAAGAAAAUCAAGUAAUAACAGCAGAAACAGAACUACAAGAAGAAGAAACUCAACUGUCAACCACAGAUACAGUGCGGGAAGAAGACGAAGAAGAAGAAGAAGAAACUCAGCUUCUGAACACUAACUUGUCUCCUGAUCAGACCUUAGAAUCAACAGUUACUGUGGUGCAAGAAGAAAUAACAGUGGAGGGGUCUCUCACUUGUGAGCAUCAGAUCCCACCAAAGAUUGUGUGUCCUCUCUGCCGUGGGCAAGUAAAAGAAUGGACCGUUGUGGAUUCUGCUCGUCGUUUCAUGAAUGCAAAAUCAAGAAGUUGCUCAUCUGAAACAUGUAGUUUUACGGGAACUUAUACAGAUCUCAGAAAGCAUGCAAGGCUAGAGCACCCUCAAGUGCGCCCAUCAGAUGCAGACCCUGAGCGACAGCGUAAUUGGAGGAGAUUGGAGCGUCAAAGAGACCUUGGUGACCUGCUCAGUACACUUCAAUCAUCAAUGGGAGAUGAAAGGAGUAGUGAUGAAAGCAUCUUACCUAUUGAUGAUGGUGGUUGGCUGACUGUAUUCUUCUUGAUCAGAGUUUUCAGACCAGGAUCUUCAUCAAGGAGCAGCAGCUGGUCAGGUAGCUCUAGAACCAGAGCGCAGUUGAGUAUCAGAAGAAGAUCAACCAGACUAUGGGGUGACAACUAUGAAGAGGAUACUGGUUCUUCUUCCAGAGAAGAAGAUAAUAAUGAAUCUUCUGAUGAUGGAUCAGGUCCUUGGACACGCCGUGACCGUGUCAGGCGACGCACAACCCCAGACAACCUGCCAUGACAGUUGAAGUAGUGUAGCAUCUGGUUGUAUUGCUAACUCAUCUUCAGCUUUCAAAAGUAAGCUCUGUUAAUCUAUAUAGACUGGCAUUAGUCAAUCAAUAGGUUUACUUGACUUAAACGGUUUCACUUGUUUGUUUCAGGCGGAAAUUGAGAGAAUUUUAAAGGGUUUCGAAUAUGUUCUACUGAGUGUGGAACAAUGCGUGGAGUUAUGGAUAUGUAUCAAAAGAGUGAAAAAAAAAUUGUAAUUUCUUGAAACUUUCGAUCAAUCUAUGAUAUUUUCUUUGGCAGCUUUCUCUUCACUUGCACUGCAAUUACUGAACUUCCUGUUUUAAUGUGUAAACCAUUUAAUAAAACGUGCUAUAUUCGCGGGCAA